AUGUUGAUUUUCUUAUUGUUUUAGAUUACUUACCAACAAUGUUUAGUAAAUUCUGAAGCUUAGACUAACUUUUUUAAAUUGUCAAAUGAAACGAUAAGAUUAAAUAUGUUUGAUUAUUUUUAUGGAUAUAAUUUGGAGUUUUCUACAGAUAAAGAUUAUGAAUUAUAAAAUGUGUUAAACUAAUUAGAUAUUUUAGAAUUAGAAGGAAUAGUUAUAGAUAGUUCUUUAUUAAUUAGUUAAUAUACAAAAGAAUGGAUGAAUAAGAUUGUUACUUUAAAUGAAAUUAAUGAAGCGUAUAUAGUUUAUAUUAUAGGCAUUGAAAAUAAUUAACUAUUGAUUCAAAAUACAUUAUAUAUUCCACAAUAAUAAAUCUAAGUAAAUUGCAAUGAAAUUACAUUUCUAGACAAUGAAUAGAUUUUAGUAAAUUGUAAUAAUAAUAUUGCUGGACAAUCCAAUUAUUUUUUUUAUGUCUCCUAAAUUUAGGAUUAAUUUUCAUGGUAAAUAUUACAAUAUACUCCAUCAACUCUUUAAUAUCAAGUCUCAAUUAUUGAUUUAUAGGUAGCAUUAGACUAGGAUAAGAAUAUUUUAGUAAUAUUAGGUAGAUACAAUUAAUAAUAUUUUUAUGGAGUGAUUGAAAUCUAUUCUUAUUAAUAAUUAAAAAAUCAGUAGACAUUGAAUCCAAUAUAAAUAUUUAAUCAAUAUUAAUAUAGACAAUAUAAGAUUAGCAAUUACUAAAGUAUAACAGAAUAUAAAUAUAUUUAGUUUAUUUAAUGAAUGUAACAAAUGUUAUUAAUGUUUAUACUUUAAAUAACUUCAGUUAAAUUGAAUAAUAUAAUAUUAGUUAAUUUAUUUAUUCAAACUAUUAAUUAUUAGCAUUUGAUGUUGACCUUAAUGGAGAGAACUUACUUGUAUAUACAACAUUGAAUGGUUAGAAUUUAUUUGAAGUAACUACAACUGAUCUAAUUAAAGAAUACAUAGUAAGAAUAGAUUUCCAAUAGACAGAUAUUCCAUAAUUAUUUAGUAAUAAUGAAUUAAUUACAUUAUAUAUUGCUGAUUAAUACUACAUAUACGAUAGAAUUCAGCCCAAUAUUAUCAUCAAUACUUAAACUUAAAAUGUAAUAGGUUUAAAUCAAUUGCCAUAUAAUAUAUUAACAUACAUAACAAAUAGUCUUUAUUAUUACUAAAUACUGUAACCUCAAUUAUUUAUUAAUUCAACAUCUAAUUCUAUUAUUGAAUUAUAAGCAAUUUCGAAUGAGUAGAAUAUUUAAAUUAAUUGUUCUGUUACUUUAAAUGUAACUAUUCAUGGAUUAGUUCCAGUUUUGUAUUAAUAUGAGAAGGAAUUACCUUCAUAGAUAAUAGUUAAAACAGAUAAAACAUAUCUUAAUGCAUUAAAUUAUGUUAGUGGAUCCUUAAUUAUGAUUUCAGCCUAAUCAUCAAAAAAUUCAAUUAUAAUUUAGGACCCUUCACUAUAAGUUUAAUUAUCUAAGAAGAUUUGGGAUCAAAUAAAUGGAGUAUUUUCAUUUUAUUCUUCAGAUUUUCAAUCAUAUGCUAUGUUUAUACUUUAAUAUUAAUAUGCAAAGGAUAUAAUUAAAUACAGUCAAAUUUCACUUAGAUUAUGUGAUAUAAAUCUAUUUGAUUAUAUUUAAAUAGAUUAAAUGGAAUGUCGAGAUUAUUAAUAAAUAUUCUAAAUAAAUGCACCAAUAAAUAAAUUAUAAUUUACAGAUUUGACAAAUCCAGAUGAAGUCUAUUUUGUAGCAGAUAUUGCUUUUAGUGCAGUAGUUAUUUAUAAGUUGGAUUAAUUUAAUGUAUUUACAUAAAUUCAAGCUAAAUUUAUAUGUGAACCACUUCCAAUAGAUGAAUAAGAUUAUUUUCAUUCUAUUACAGAUUUUUAUGUUAUAGGAAAUUAUCUAUAUUUUAUAUUAUCCAGAAUUCAACAAAUUUGGAUUUAUGAUAUUUAAACUUGUAAACUUAUAUACAAACUUACAAAUUCCUUUUUUGAUACUCCUUUUUUUCCUGCAUCUUUAGCUGGCUAAACAAUUGUUGAUGAAAAUAAUAAGUUGAGAUAAAUUAUAUUUAUAAACUCAUUAUCAUAUGUAUAUGUGUUGGAAAUAUUUAAUAAGAUUCCAAUAUAUCAAAACAUUAUUAAAAUGGAUAAUUAUACUAAUAUUAAAACUCUUUCUGUUAUCAAAGAUUCUAUAAUCCUUGUAGUUUAAGAGAGAUUUGGAUCAACUUCAAUAUAUCAAUAUUUUUAUUCAAUUGAUUAACCAACAAAUGAAAUUAAAUUUAUUAAAAAAUUACCUUAAUAUGGUGUAAGUAUUAAUAAUAAAUUUAUUGUUGCAUCAGAUGAUUCCUUAUUUUACAUUUUAAUGAAUAAUAAUUUUUACUAUGUUUACAAUCCUACAUUAUCUUCUUAAGAUUCUUUAAUUCAAUAAUUAGAUUAUAUAGGUGAUUACAUUUCAGCUACCCACAUUCCAAAUAUCCUAAAAUAGAGUAAUAUAAUCAUAGCCAGUCAUACAAAUCUUGUAAUCUAUUCUGUAACAAAUCCUACUUAUAUAAUGAUUGAACAAAAUACUAAUUUUAACACUAUGUAAAAGGAAUCAAUUAAUUAUACUGUUUCAGUUUAAUCAUAAAUAAGCAAUAAUUAACUUAAUAUUAAAGGUUCUUUUAUAGCUUAUGAUACAUUAUUUGUUGGCUUUUUCAAUUCAUCUUAUGUUUUUUAAAAUAAUUAAAUAGAUCAAAUUACUAUUUUGAAUAAUCCAUAAUUCACAAUCAAUUUGAAUCUAGUAGGAUCAAUUACAAAUAAUGUUAUUUCAUAUUAUGCAUCUACACCUAUUUUUGAUGGUUAUCCACAAAUUAUUUGUUUAUUAAGACAACCAUUCUCUAUUAAAAAAAUAAUUCAACCAACUCCAGUAGAUAUAACUUAAUUCACUUUUUCAACAUAAUCACCUUUAAUUUAUGCAUAAAAUAUUGGAGCAUUGUAUGAAGUAAUUGAAUAAGAAUUUGUUGAAUUGAUCAAUUAUAACAAUUAAUUUACUCAUUGUUGGGCACUUGUCUAUUAUAGUUAAUUAUAAUAAGUAAUUUCCCUUUGUUCACAGUAUUAUGUAUAUACAUUUACUAUUUAUAAUCAAACUUAAUAAACACAUUAAUAAUUUUAAGCAUUUAAUAAAUUCUAUUUCCCACUUAAAAUGGAAUAUUAUUCUAAUUUAGUUAGUACUUUAGCAAUACAAUAAGGUGAUAGAAGUUAUUCUAUUUUAAUAGGAAAUCUCUCAAAUUCUACCUACUUUUAAAACAUAAAACUAUAAUGCUAAAUAUCAAGUGCUGAUUAGAUAACAUCUUAAGAUAUUGGAGAUUUCACAGUCGUCUAAAUUAAUGGUAUGUUCUUAUUUAUAUAUGUUUGUCCAUAAAUAUAAUAAAUAUAAUAUGCUACAAUUUCAUCUACAGGAAAUACUGUACUUAAUCAAUCUAUAAUGCAUAUCUAAACUGAAUUACCAAAAAAGGCCACUCUAUAAGAGAUCAAAUUAAUUUAAUUAGAAAGUCAAUAAUUAAUCUUUCUGAUAACUACAAAAGAAUUUUAUAGCAUUAUAUUAGAAGCUGAUUACUCUUAUUAUAAUGGUUACAUUUUAUUAACUAACGUUACAUCAAAUAAAUAAAUUGCACCAAUGUAAUAAUCAUACUAAGUAAAAAAUACUUAUUAUGUCAAUAACUUCUUAUUUACAACUUAUCAUGAUACUAUUAUUGACACUUACUUUUUAGCUCUAUAUGAUCUAAGUAAUCCUAAUUUAAAUAUCUAUUAUUCUAUUGAUACUUUAAGAUUCAAGUCUCCAAUAAUAUAUACAGUAUAAAGUACUUAUAAUACUGUUUUUGUAAUGGAUAGCUUUCCAGUUCUGUAUUCUUAUAAUUAUUCAAAUUAAGUUGGAUUAAAUAUAGAAAAUAUUACAUAAACUUCAUAUCCUAUAUAUUUAUAUAUUAAUAUUGAUUAGAAAUAUGGUCCUACCCAAAUUUUAUAAUUGUAAUUUUAAUACCCUCCAAUUGGCUAAACUGAAAAUUGGGUUAAAUAUACAUGUAUCGGAGUUGGAUCUCUAUAUGUGAUUACUUUAAUCAUCAUUAUUGCCGUUGUUGGCCAUUAAAAGAAAAAGUAACCUUCAGAAGAUAUGCAAGCAUUAGAGUUGAAUUUAAGAUGAG